AUGUCUUACAGACCACCACUCCGACAGACGCAGACCGUCGACUAUUCAGGGCAUCUAUCUCCGACUAAACGUCAACCAUCAAACGCAUCGACAGUAUCUUCAGCAUACUCCAACUCUUCCGGUCAUUACGAGCUCAGUCGCACGAGCACCAUAUCAUCAACAGCUUCAAGUGGAUACGGCCAUAAGCGGGGCUUGAGUGAGGCUGGCGGAAUGCGGUCUCCAGGAAUCGAGAACAGAAUAGGAAGAGGGGUCAGGGAUAGUACUGAGUCGAGUCCAGAGAGUCCAUACAAAAGCGCAAGACAAUCUCUUCGUCCGCUUCCUCAACCGCCAGGUCCUCCACCAAUCGAUCGAAACGCAAGCCUAUAUAAUCAUACUCGAGGGCAAAGUGUUGAUACUUUUCGUCACUCGUAUGGUGAAAAUCCCAUCAACAAGCACGCAUCUGCAACUCUACCUUCAACUAGAGAGCGAAGCAUCGAAACAUUUCGACACUCGUAUGGGGAAAAUCCAGUCGACAAGCAUGCGUCCGCAACUCCGCCGGCAACUCGAGGGCAUACCGUAGAAUCAUUUCGUAGUUCGUACGGGGAACAUCCGAGCAACAAGCAAAUUUCCGCGAUUCCAUCAUCAAUUCGCCCUAAUUCCUUGCUUCUCAGCCGUGCGGACUCCGUGAGCCGUCCAAGAGUUUCUGGAAGGAGUCAAACAAUCCAGGGUCUUCCGCAAUUGCAAACUCCAGAUCUUCUGAGCUUGCAAAGAUCCUCGACCAGCCAGCUUCGAACACUGUCGCAGUUCGCGGAAACUGCCUCUUCUGAAGAUUUCAGUAUCACAUCUCCGGCGCAAGAAGUUGUUGGACUUCACGGACGACGAAGGCUACAGAAAGGCGAUAACACAAGAGGCGGCCAGAGUGCAGUUGCGCUAAGUCGAGGCAAUGGUGGGUAUAGCUGGGAAGGACGGAAUUGGAUGGACAAACAGCGACAGUUUCUACAAGCUUACGAAUACUUGUGUCAUAUCGGAGAAGCAAAGGAAUGGAUAGAGGAUAUUUUGAAAAGAGAGAUUCCCCCAAUCGUUCAGCUGGAGGAAGCUCUACGCGAUGGUGUGACAUUGGCAGAGAUCGUUGAUUCGCUACACCCAGAGCGACGACUGAGGAUAUUUCGCAGUCCAAAAUUACAAUUCCGGCAUUCUGACAAUAUUGCUAUAUUCUUCAGGUAUCUUGCCGAGGUAGAACUUCCAGAUCUCUUCCGGUUCGAACUCAUCGAUUUAUACGAAAAGAAGAACAUCCCAAAGGUCAUCUACUGUAUACAUGCUUUGAGUUGGCUCCUCUUCCGGAAAGGUAUUGUCGAUUUCCGAAUUGGUAAUCUUGUUGGACAGCUAGAGUUCGAACAUCAUGAAUUGGAGGCAAUGCAGAAAGGUCUCGAUAAGGCUGGUAUCAGCAUGCCAAGUUUUGGAAAUAUGGGUGCAGACUUUGGUGUAGAGCCAAUACCAGAGCCGGAGCCUGAACCGGUUGAGAGCGAGGAGGACCGAAUAGACAGAGAGUUGGGUGAAAACGAAUUAGCAAUCACUGAGCUCCAAGCGCAAAUACGUGGUGCUGCAGCACGGAUGAGGUGUACCGAAAUCAUGGAAGGGCUUUGGAAUUCGGAGGAUAUGCUCGUGCAUUUACAAUCGCGUAUAAGAGGUGACAUGGCUCGGCAGAUAGCUGAAUACCGCCUGAAUAUGUAUCGCUUCGCAGUUGACCUCCAAAGCGGUGCCCGAGGACUCCUGGUACGUCGAAGAAUGUCAAGCAGAGAAUCUUUCUGGAAAAGCAGGGAAGGAGACGUGAUAUUGCUUCAAAGUCUGACGAGGGCUAAGAAAGCCAGAGAUGAGGUACGGAUGAUGAAAUCUCUUUUGCAUCGCGAAGAACAUGGAAUCAGCGAGUUGCAGGCAAGUAUUCGUGGGUUCCUCUCUAGGAACGUGAUGGCAGCUCAGAAAAGGGACACGAAGAAUUCCUCGGGACCGGUCAAAGAGCUGCAAGCUACAAUCAGAGGCAUGCUUCUCAGGAAAAGUAUUGCUGAAGACAACGAAAAGCUUUGGCUGGAAGAGAGCUCGAUCAGUGCGCUACAGGCAAUGUCCAAAGCACUGCUAAUAAGAAAUCAGAUCUCCAGGCAGAGAGAUGCACUCGAAGCAUUUGAACCCGUCUGGAGCUCGCUGCAAGCUGUGGUGAGGGCAAAUGCUGUCCGAUUGGAAAUCCAAGAGACCAAGCACGAGUUGAGUUUAUGCACCGCGCAAAUCGUGGCUGUUCAGUCUUUUGCUCGAGCUGCUUUUAAAAGAGAGGAGGUUUCGAACACACUUUCGGAUUUACAGGAGGCGGAAGGCUCGGUGCUACAGGUUCAAAAUUCAAUUCGAGGAAUGCUAGAAAGGAAGAGAAUUGCAGCAGAUUACGAUCAACUCGUUUCCCAAACAACACAAAUAACUCAACUUCAAUCAUUGGCGCGAGGGUGUCUCCAAAGGGAAAAGGUUGGUGCAGUUUUGGACGAACUCGAAGCACACUCAGCCGCUGUUAUCGAGCUACAAGGUCUAUCCCGUGCAAUGCUUCUUCGAAAUAACGUGGGUAACCUGUUAGCUGACCUCGAAGCGGAAGAAGAAUCCAUCGUUGAGCUUCAAGCUGCGGCAAAAGCAUGCCUUGUUCGCGCUAGAUUCGCCGAGAAGCAACGUUUCUUCAAGAAGAAUAUGGAAAAGGUUGUCAAGUUGCAGAGUUUCGUUCGCGGCAAGCUACAGGGCGAGGCCUAUAAGAGUCUUACAACUGGAAAGAACCCACCCAUCAACACUGUCAAGAACUUCGUGCAUCUUCUCAAUGACAGCGACUUCGACUUCAACGAAGAAAUCGAAUUCGAACGGAUGCGUAAAACGGUCGUACAACAGGUGCGCCAAAAUGAAAUGGCGGAGCAAUACAUCGAUCAAUUAGACAUCAAGAUUGCGCUGCUGGUCAAGAACAAAAUUACGCUAGACGAAGUUGUCAAGCAUCAACGAAACUUCGGAGGUCAUUCUGGUAACCUUCUCGUCAACACUACCAUGAUCUCUGGCAAUCAAUUUGACUUGAAGGCACUCAAUAAAAACUCUCGAAAGAAGCUCGAAUCCUACCAACAAUUGUUCUUCACCCUUCAAACCCAGCCACAGUACCUUGCAAGAUAUUUCAAGAGAAUACGCGAACAAGGCACACCAGAAAAGGACUGUAAACUGAUCGAAACACUGAUGAUGAGACUUUUUGGUUACGCGCAGAAAAGGCGUGAGGAAUACUACCUGUUGAAACUCAUUGCAAGAGCUGCAAGAGAAGAGGUUGAAAGUUGCACGUCCAUUCAGGAAUACUUGCGAGGAAACUUCUUUUGGUGCAAAUUGUUGUCAAAUUAUACAAGGUCACCACGGGAUCGCAAAUACUUGCGAGAGCUUCUAGGCCCUCUUAUUCAAACCAACAUUAUCGAGGACCCGGCCCUUGACCUGGAAAGUGAUCCUAUGCAAAUCUACCGAUCGGCGAUAAAUAAUGAGGAGCUUCGCACUGGUCAGCCCAGUCAACGCCCCUUAGACAUUCCUCGGGAGGUCGCUAUCAAAGAUCCAGAAACUCGGGAUAUGUUCAUUGAUCAUUUAAGAGAUCUGCGCGAAAUCUCCGAUCAGGUACUUGGAGCCUUAGAAGCACUUCUUCACAAAAUGCCAUAUGGGAUUCGAUUUGUCUGCCAGGAAAUUUUUGAUGCACUCUGCCAACAGUUUCCACGAGAGCCACAACAUCGUUUGCUUCAACUCGUCGGUAACUGGCUUUGGAAAUUCUAUCUCCAGCCUGCUCUGACUUCACCAGAAUCAAUGGGUGUAGUUGAGAAGCAGCUCACUCCUCUGCAGAAGCGCAAUUUAGGAGAAGUAGCCAAGGUACUCGGGCAAGUUGCUUCAGGGCGUUUAUUCGGCGGAGAGAAUAUCUAUCUCCAACCAUUAAACGCUUAUGUUGGCGACGCCAUUGAGCGAAUUCGUAUCAUCUUUUCAAACAUCAUAUCAGUACCAGACGCCGAGGACACCUUCGAUAUUGAUGAGUUCAACGACUUGUACGCCAAGGUUAAGCCAACUCUGUACAUCAAAAUGGCAGAUAUAUUUUCAAUCCACAACUUGGUCUCUGGAGAUCUGCCCCAUAUUUGCCCAAACCGAGAUGAUAUGCUUCGCGAAAUGGUCCAGGAACUAGGCAGCGCAAAGAACAAUGAGACUGAAAUGUUGGGAGUUACCUCUGGCGAAAUUCAAUUAACUUUGAACCCCAAGCUACACGACAUUGAAGAUCCCGAGGCUGAAGUCAAAGCACUAUUUAUGGAAACGAAGAGAUGCGUCUUGUACAUCAUCAGGGUGCAAUCUGGUCCAAAUCUUAUGGAAAUUCUGGUUCGACCAAUAACUCGCGAGGAUGACCAUAAAUGGCAUUGUCUACUUCGCGAAGAGUUUUCUGGGGGGAGCAAGACCCGUGGGGCUUAUUCGGACGCAAACACCUUGGUAGAUAUCAAGUCGAUGUCUUACAAGGAGCUCAAACGGACGGCACUGGAGAACAUCAUGAGACUCGAACAGUUCGGUCGUAUCUCACGGCACAACUUCUACCAAGAUAUUCUCAAUGCGAUCGCCCUCGAUAUUCGCACCAAGAGCAGAAGACGCGUUCAGCGUCAACGAGAGCUCGAAGGCGUGCGAUUGACAUUGGCCAAUUUGACGGAGAAGGCGGAAUGGCUCGAGUCUCAAAGGAAGAGUUACGAUAACUACAUUGAGCAAGCCAUGAUGACUCUCCAAAAGAAAGGCAAAAAGCGUUUCCUCAUGCCAUUCUCCAAGCAAUAUAACCACGAGCGCGAACUCGAACGAUCAGGUCGCAAACCCAAAUUCGGCUCCUUCAAAUACUCGGCUCGAACACUCUCCGACAAAGGCGUCCUCGUCUCUUGGAAAGGCACACAUGAUCGCGAGUGGGAAAAGAUCAACCUCACCAUCUCCUGCGACGAAGUGGGCGUCUUCUUCAUUGAAGGUAGUAAAGGCAGCAUCCAAAUCCCUGGCGCCAGCGCUCAAGUCCCGAUGGACAGUCUUCUUGCAGCGCAGUUUGCGAAUCAUCAGUAUAUGGAUUUGUUUGAGGGUGGAAUGAGACUUAAUGUUAAUUUGUUCUUGCAUUUGUUGUAUAAGAAGUUUUACCGUACCGAGUGA